AUGGCUCCGCUUAUAACGACAGUGUUACGGUCUCUGGUGGUCGCCAUUCUUCCAUACGUAGUACAUGGAACAAAUUCGACCUUCUACAACCCUAUCCUCCCAGGUUUCCACCCAGAUCCCAGCUGUACCUUUGUCCCUGAGUGGAACGAGACUUUCUUUUGUGCCUCGUCAAGCUUCAACGCCUUCCCAGGCAUUCCGGUCCAUGCAAGCAAAGACCUGCAGAACUGGAAGUUGAUAGGAAAUGUCCUCAAUAGAGAAGAGCAGCUGCCGACACUGGCUUAUACAAACAGUUCAACCAGCGGUAUAUGGGCCCCAACGAUCAGGUACAACAAUGGCACCUUCUGGCUGGUGACAACCCUUGUUUUUGACGACACACGGCCAGCCAACGAUUCUUCAAGAUGGGAUAAUAUCAUAUUCAAAUCCACCAAUCCCUACGACCCAUCAUCCUGGAGCAACGCUGUCCACUUCCCUUUCUUCGGCUACGAUACCUCGCCCUUCUGGGACGAAGACGGGGCGUCCUACAUCGUGGGCUCUCACUAUUGGAAGAUCUACGAGGCUCUCGAACUCGCGACCGUGAACCUCGACACAGGCGAGGUCGGCGACUGGCAGAUCCUCUGGAACGGCACGGGCAGCUCGGCGCCCGAGGGCCCGCACCUGUACGCCAAGGACGGGCGGUAUUACCUUCUCGACGCCGAAGGAGGGACAGGGCUGGGCCACAUGGUGAAUAUGGCCCGCUCCAGGAACCUGACGGGGCCGUAUGAGGGAGCCCCAGCCAAUCCGUUACUGACGGCGGCCAAUACGACGAGUUACUUCCAGACGGUGGGGCAUGCCGACUUGUUCCAAGACGCCCAGGGGAAUUGGAGGGGUGUCGCGCUGUCGACGAGGUCUGGGCCUUCCUUUGUUAAUUAUCCCAUGGGCCGGGAGACGGUGAUGACGGCCGUGACGUGGGAGGAGGACGAGUUCCCCGUGUGGACAAACAUCAGCGGCAAGAUGAGCGUGUGGGAGUUGCCCCCCGUAGACAAGGACAUUCCAGGCCCGGGCCCGUUCAUCAGCGAGGGCGACGACUACCAAUUCCCUCCUGGCUCGAGCAUUCCGGCGCACUUCACCUACUGGCGGUAUCCCAACACAUCCUCCUUCACCAUCUCUCCGCCGGAGGACCACCCGAAUACACUCAAACUCCUGCCGUCCACUCUGAACCUCACCGCCCUGAAUGGAAACUACGCAGCAGGCGGCCAGACAUUCAUCGGCCGCCGCCAGCAAGAGACCCUCUUCACCUACCGCGUCACCCUCGACUACCAACCCACUGCCCUUGACGAAGAAGCAGGCGUCACUGCCUUUCUCACGCAGAACCACCACCUCGACCUCAGCCUUGCCCUGCUGCCCGCCAACCAGAGCACACAGGCGUUCCCAGGCACCAACACCACAAACACCACCACCAACACCACGACGGCGCUGAUCCCACAGAUCCGCUACCGGGGCAUCUCGACCAAGACUGUGCCUGACCCGAUUGUCGCGCCUCUUCCGAGCGAGUGGGUGGGAAGACCGUUGACGUUCGAGAUCAAGGCGGCCAACAUGACGCACUUUUCGUUCUCGGUUGGGCCGGCGGGGGCCGAGUCGGAGAUGCAGACGGUUUUGUAUGCUGCGAAUAGUGCGCUGAGUUAUGGAUUUACGGGUACGUUUGUCGGUGUAUAUGCCACCAACAAUGGCGGCAGUGGGACGACGCCGGCUUAUUUCUCGGACUGGAAGUAUAUACCCCAGGGUCAGUAUAUCAACUGA